UCUCAACUUUGAGAGGACAUCUCAAUUCUCAAUUAUGUUAAAAAUAUUUCAUUAAUACCCGUUUGUCUGAGUGACGCUUACAAUUUAUGUAUAUCAGCAGCAGAUAGGUACGUAAUCUAAUUUCACGAGAACCGAUGUUACAGUUAAUCAGCUCUUAUAAAACAUAAUUAAAACGUAUUUUGUAACAGCUAUCUACUUUAGGUAAAGAAUGCGAACUUAUGGACGUUUGUGCACUCAUUUUUAUUCGUAUGAAUAAGAUUCGAAGUGGUCAUCAUACGAAAUAUACCUGCGCACGCUUAUGUAACUCAUUUGAUACGUAUUUAACUAUUUAAAUGUACAUACCUACAGAUCCGUCAAAAAUUAUUAUUUAAUCAAAUAAGUGUAUAUAAGCGCACGUGCAUUUUUAGCUAUGACGGCCACUUCGUUCGAAUUCGAAUCGAAUACGCAUAAGUCAUAAACGCCCUUCGGAUAGUUAGUAGUUAAGUAGUUUUCACAACAAGUAUUGUAAAAUAUAAUAUCAGCAACACUAUGUAAUAAUUUGUAGGUAAUUUAUGUAAGAGUGAAACUGCUUUAUGUAUUCGUAUUCAUCUCGGUCCGGGAUCCUGGCUAGUAGGGUGAGGAUGCGCACAUGAGAUGCGCCGCGCAGCCUCCAUUUGUCCCUUCGCCUCCGUGGCGCCACCAUCUAAGAUUAUUCAUAGUUUCACGAGGUGAACGCCACACCAAGAGUGCUGCUUAAAUGUAUGGCCGUGUGCCGUAAUUACGUGCUGAUGGCUCGGAGGUGAAAUAAAACGUGGAGGGUUCGCGGAGGGCGCGCGAAAGGGCGCCGUGGCGGUGCUACGGACCCAUGCUUACUCACAGUAGAUCUGAUGGCGAUUUUCCCAUAUAUACAAGAGCCAAAAAACAAAAUGGUUCAGCAGUACGAACGAACAGCCUUGGCUCAGGUGCGCGAACACCCCCCGCGGAGCGAACAAAGUCCAAAUUCUCAGCGUUUGGUAGGCUUUUCAAACCGUGGAAAUGGAAACGGAAAAAAAAGUCAGAGAAGUUCGAAGAAGCAUCUAGAAAAUUAGAAAGGAAGAUAUCCGUCCGAGCAAAUAGAGAUGAGUUAGUCCAAAAAGGAAUCCUUCUGCCCGAGAGUCCAGUGACCCCUGUACCCGAAGCUAAUGAGGAGGAAUCCCCGACAUACGGGGAGGAGACGCGGAGCGAGCGCGACGGUCCGGGCAUGGACCGGAUGCAGGGCAUGCACGCGGCGCUCCACGCGCAGCUGGCGGCGCAGCUAGCGCAGCAGCAGGCUGCGCUAGCCGCUGCCGUGGCCGCCGCCGCCGCCGCGCAUCACCACCACCAGAACAACAACGUUAUUGAACCAAAGAAAGACAAAUUGGAGAAUGGUGGCGAGUUGGUGAGGCCUGAGAGGCCGAAUUCAUUGACCGCGGGCAAACUCCCGAGGCGGAUAUGCUAUCAAGGAGACGUGGGUGGUUACACCGUGGGCGGCGACGGCGACGCGAGCGCGGAAGAGCAGCUGAUGCUGUCGGACCUGCCCGAGCCGCCCAUUGCCGUGUCCGACAUAGGGCCCAUCCCGCCGCCGCCCAUGUUCAGCUCGCCGAGCCCCACGCGCCACCAUGCGCACUCCCUCGCCAAUACACAUUCCGAUUCUGAAGAGGAGGAGUCGGGCUCGGAGGAGGAGGCGGAGGCGAACGCGGACACGUCCCGCGUGGAGGAGAUACCGCCGAAGGAACCGCUGUUCAACGCCGUGCCGCUCAAGUCCGCGCUCAAGAAACGACCCGCGCCCGCCGCCUCGCCCGCCGCCACGCCGCUCGCGCCGCGCCAGGACCACCACCACGCCAGCUUCAAGCGGCCGCCGCCCAAGCCGAGGAUUCGCAUAUGCAGCCGACCGGUGCGCGUCGGUAACGCGCUGGAGAACAAGGAAAACGCGCGGCCCUGGGAGGGCGAGUUCCGCGAGGAAUGCGCUAGCGACUCGGAGCGCGUCGCCGCCAAGCUCGCGCGCAAGGAGAGCCUCAACAUCAAGCUGGCGCUGCGCCCCGACCGCCAGGAGCUCAUCAACAGGAACAUCCUGGUGGUGCAGAGCGAGCACGAGCGGCAGGAGUCGUGGGAGGCGAUCGGGGCGCGGCUCAUCCGGCGGCUGUCUAUGCGGCCCACGGCUGAGGAGCUCGUCGAGAGAAAUAUCCUUAAAAGCCAGUCCCCAGCGGAAGAAAAGAAACAAAAAGAGGAAAAGAAACGGUAUCUACUACGCAAACUUAGUUUUCGGCCUACGGUCGAUGAACUUAAGGAAAAGAAAAUUAUUAGAUUCAGCGACUACAUUGAAGUCACACAGGCGCACGACUACGACCGGCGCGCGGACAAGCCGUGGACCCGGCUGACGCCGCGCGACAAGGCCGCCAUCCGCCGCGAGCUCAACGAGUUCAAGAGCUCCGAGAUGGCGGUGCACGAGGACAGCAAGCACCUCACCAGGUUCCAUCGACCAUGACGGCUGUGCCUUAGCCCCGGAGCGAGGAGCGCGCGGCGCCGCGGCUGAGCGGAGCCGAGCGCCGUCACCUGUGAUUUAACGUAUUUAUAUUGACUUCUUCCGGCCCUCGGAAGAUUUGUAUGCAAUAACUUACCAGAACGCAGCGGUAAAGUGUUGAUUAUUCUAAACUCACGUUUGACUGCCGUUUCGGAGUUACGACUUGUGAACGCGAACCGUGUGUGCAAUCUUGUUUUAAUAUUUUACCCACUGUCAUUUUAGUAUAUUUUUUCGAGUACAAUUUUAUUGUGGUUAUCGUAACGAUUUAUAUUUAGUUGACGUAUCCUAAGCGUACCUAUACAUUCUUUGAAUUGACCUUCGAGAAAGGUUAGUGAUACUGAUUAUUGUGGUCGAGAUUGAGUUUAUGAAGCUCGGUGAGAAUUAAGAGUUAUUUUGAAAUGUGAAACGUAUCCCGUUUAGAAAUUAUGUAGAUUGUGAUUUUUUUUUAAAUCGCUAGCCUUAAUCUUGUAGUCGUUAAGCUAUAUUUUGUCGUAUUUAUUUGUUGCAGUUGUUCUUGGUCACAAUUUGUAUUUUAUACUUUGAAUUUUAUCGGUAUGUAGCGGUUAUAGAAAGCGAGCUUCUAUUUCUUGUUAAAUUAAUUAGGUAUUAUAAAAACGCAAUCUUUGAUAGCUGAAAGUACAUUUUAUUAUGUAUAUCAUUUUAAAAUUUUAAUGCUAUGUUCACUUAGACAUUUCGCUUCCUUGUGCUGAGAUACUGCCACAGAUUUUCAUAUAUGUUUCUAGAGUACUUUUGUAGUAGUUUGGGAUUUGGUGAGGUUGAAUUAAUAAAGAAUUUUGAAUUUAAUCGAAGAACUUGGUAUGAUUGCCUCCGUGCAACACGUUCGCACUCUUGGCAGGAUAGUUAAAGAAACAAUAUUUUAUUUCUAUGUGGUAAAAUUCUCAUAAAAUAUUUUUUAUGUUUUAUACUAAAUAGAAACUAACACUCCACAAGUUACACUUCACUAUGAUAACAUAUUCCUAUUUUAUUAGCACUAAAAUUAACCUAACCUGAAUAACUUAAAUUUUUAUAAAAAGUUGUUAAAAGGAUAUAAAUACUUAGUUAAGGCAAGUACAUUACACAUUGGCUUAUUUCGGUAGUUUAUAAAAGCCUCGAUAAAAUACAAUAGUUCGUUGUUUGAUUGUGAAAAUUAAUUUCAGAAUGGGAAAUAAAUCUGGAUAUAUAAUAUAAUAUUAUUAUAAAUAUUUAAAAAGCUGUUAGGAAAUUAACAGAUUCGGAUUCAUCAUUAGUACAGGGAGAUUGUAAUUUAAAUUAUUAUAUUUCUAUUAAGUUAUUAUGAUACGGUAAUCGAGUUGGCCAAUACUAUCAAUCCACAUCCACACUGCCAAUUUACCCUAACAGGUGGCACUUAAGCGAACCGGCCCAGCCAGCCAUAGAGGUAGUAUAAUAUCAUCUACGGAACCGGCUUUACAUACUAAGCAGCUGUUAAUUUUACGAGUUCCAACUUCCAGGUAUCAAAAACCCAAAAAUAAUUCACGAUGCAAUCGAAUAUUGUAUCGAUAUCAAAGCAAAGCUAGCAAACAAACAAAACAAACAAUGUUGAUUUUGACCCUGGCCGCCCCUCUUUUGAGAUCAGUUUUGCCUGUGGAGCCCCAUUGUACAGUUUUUGUACCUUUUAUUUACAACUAGCUAUUGCCCACGACUUCUUCCGCGGUACAAUGCAAUUUAUAGCGCUUGUUACUUCUGGAUAAAGUAGCUUCCUAAUGGUGAAAGAGUUAUUAAAAUCGGUCCAAUAGUUUCAGAGUUUAACGAUUACAAACAACCAAACAAACAAACACAAAUCUUUGUCUGUAUAAUAUUAAGUACUUAUAGACAAUGCUGGUACCGUUACCAGGAUUGUCUAUAAGUACUUAAUAUUAUACCUUGCCUAUUUUUGAAGCACGCUCGUAGGUGUUCAGGGUACGUAAACCCUGCACCGAGAUCUAUGUACGCAUAAUGUGUCACACACAAGCGUACAAGUUUGUAUUCAUUUUUUUAGAUAUAACUGCAUAGAUAAAGGUGUCUAAUAUCUGAAGUUUUACAAUAUCUUUGAUUUUCAAAUAUUUCAACCCAUAGUAACUACGAAUAUAAUGUCGUGCAAUUAGUGGGGAAGAUUAUUAAAUUGAUCUGUUAUUUUUUUUCUGUUAAUCUGAGUAAGUACGACCGAUACAACAAGUGUACGCUCACUGAAAUUUGCAUAGUAUUAUUGUACCUGCUCCUAAAAAAAAUAUUUACUCAUCUUGGUCGUGGAUUGGUCAAGAUAUGAUGAUAAUAUAGGAAUGUAAGGAAGUGAGCCGCUCGAUUAUCGGAUAUCAGACGCGUUGAGCAGAGUGCAGCCUGUGCGGAACGAUCAACCUCGGCGGGAACAACUUGUUAACUCUUGUCGCUCUAGCCUAGGACUAGUGUAAGUAAUUCAAAAUUGAACGAAGUAUCACGUUAACGUUUAAAUGUAAAUUAAAGAACUGUAGCUGUUUAUAAUUAAUUAUAAAGCCUUUGAGAUUACUUCGAUUGUUUUGUAUAUGAUACAUUUCUUAUUUAUGGUUAAAAUUACAAAUUAUUAUUAUCCUAGUAUAUACAGCAAUAAUACUGCUGAGUUCUUUGGUUUCGAUUGUGAUGAGGGGUUAACACUUUAACAAUAAUAUAAUUAAUUACAUGCUAAAAUAUAAUUAAUAGUUAGGAUGCAUUUUGUUCUGUUCAGUAGCGGUGCCAUUAGAUACGUUUUCGAAAUUUAUGAAUGUAACAGAAGAAGGUAUUUAUAAUUCAUUCUUCUCGACUUGCUCAGCGACGUAAGUAUCGAACGACUUCGUUGGAACUAAUUGUAUUGUGUGAAUUGCGACGCUUGAGAUUUUGGGGGUUUAAUAAUAAAAUAAAUAUUUAUUAAGUACCUAAUAUAAGUUUAUGAUCACAAUUUGUAUCCAAUACGUUUUAACACUGUAAAGAUUUACACGAUGGUUACUCGUGAGACCAUUCCAUUUUUUAGGAUAAAGUGGAAGCCAAAAUGACGACUUAUUUUUCUAAACGAUUUUGUUAGAUUGCAAAUUAAACGUGUAUAGAAAAUGUAGAUGUUUAUCAAUAUUGUAAUCAUAAGACAUUCAGAUUUCCAAAGAUCUAAAGCUCAACUAAAUUCUUUUAGCUAGCUAACGUCGCGCCAUCUUUUUAAUAUGAAACUAUGUAUAAUGUAUGCAAAAUUAACUUGAGUUUAUUACGAAGAUUUAGUCAAAUGUAGUAAAACUUAUGAAAUAGAUUGCAAUGGCAUAAUUUUAUCUGACGUCACUUAGUAUGUACAUACUUAAUUACCAUAAAAUGUGAUAAGACUUUAUUAUGUUGUAGUGUUUUAUAAUUAUUUAAGUACCUACACUAAACUUUCAUUUGUAUAAAUUUCUACGAGUUUAAAAAAAUGUCGAAUGGUGCUGUCUUAAAGCAACAUAUUUUUUUCUGUACAUUUGUGAUUCACGGUAGUGUUAUAUUUUGUAUAACGUUAUCUAUAUAGCAAUUCAUGCAUAAACAUGUCCUUUAAACAUUAUUUUUAUUGCAAAAUAAAUACCUACAUUAAUUAACGAAAUUUUAAACAGUUUCUACUCAUUUCUAUUAUUAUCAAAUUUUUUAAAUUUUGUAAAAAUAAACACUACUAGAUCGUUAUUUAUUUUACUGAAGCUACAUGUUAUUACAAAAAGAGUUCAUCGAUAGAUAUAUAAUCUUUCGAUCGUAUUUGUAUAUAAUUUAAAUACGAUGUAAAUUAUGGAAUCUCCUUUAUUUCCAUUUUAAUCAGGCGUUUCCUUAUGUGCUAUUACUUACACCAAUUACACUGUUCAGUAAUCGGUUUAAUUUUGCUUUUAACUGGAAUUAUUCUGUAAAAUAUUAUUAAUGACACGUUGUAAUAGUAAGUAUAUAAUGAUAGCCAUAAAAUAUUUGUUUUAUAUAACAUAAGUUUGUAAAUACUAUGAUUAUACAUUAAGUUUUAUACUC